AUAAUUAACUAAUCCAAGUUUACACGUUCUGAUUGCAGUGCAAGGACUGAAUACACCUGGAGCGAUUGGAAAACACGUCCCAACACCCCUCCAAUUAAAAUCACUUGCCUAACCUUUCCCCUGCCCACCUUAUCCUGCCUCUUAUCCUUCCCCUUCCUCCGCAAAUCUCAAGAAGACAUCGCGUCUGACAUCGCAGGAUCUGUGACUCCAUUAUGGACAGUAUGGAUUCCAAACCAGUUUUGAACGAUGACCCUUCGGUCACUCUGACCAUCCGCCUGAUUAUGCAGGGCAAGGAGGUCGGAAGUAUCAUUGGGAAGAAAGGAGAAAUCGUCAAGAGGUUCCGAGAAGAGUCCGGGGCGAAGAUCAACAUCUCCGACGGUUCGUGCCCGGAGCGGAUAGUGACAGUGACCGGUCCGACGAACUCGAUCUUCAAAGCUUUCACGCUGAUCUGCAAAAAGUUCGAGGAAUGGUGUUCCCAAUUCCACGACAUCCAGGGAAGCGGCGGCGUGCCCAGGCCGCCCAUCACUCUCAGGCUGAUCGUGCCUGCGUCGCAGUGCGGCUCACUGAUCGGCAAGGGUGGCUCGAAGAUCAAGGAGAUCCGCGAGGUGACCGGCGCCUCGAUCCAGGUCGCCUCCGACAUGCUGCCUAAUUCGACGGAACGCGCUGUCACCAUAUCCGGUACCAGCGAGGCUAUCACGCAGUGCAUAUAUCACAUCUGUUGUGUUAUGCUAGAGUCCCCUCCCAAAGGUGCCACGAUCCCUUAUCGCCCCAAACCCCAAGUUGGUGGGCCAGUGAUCCUGGCUGGUGGGCAAGCCUACACCAUCCAGGGUAAUUACGCGGUGCCCGCCCACUCGGACGUAAGUACAGUAUUGCCAUUGCCCGCGCCCGCUGCCGGGCCCACCCCGCCCUCGCUGAACACCCAAACUUUGACGACUUCGCCCUUCGCGGCCCACCCUUCAUCCUCGGCCUUUGCCGCUUCUCACGGGCAUCCGCUCCUAUCCACGGCCCACCUUACAACCCCACAUCAUCCUCUCCACCCGAGCCCCUUACACGCCAGCGUGGCAGGCCUCGCCGACCCCCUGCUGAAGAGUGGACACUUGCAGGCAGCCCUCCCGCCCGCACACCUCGUGGCAGACGCCGUAAGUCUUUUGUUUUUCGUGAUCCACCCCCACCACCCCCUCAAGAUCCUGUUACCAACAACAGCAACAACAAGAAAAAAAAAUAAUAAUAAUAAAAUGAAAAAACACCCUUCUCAAGAGAUACCACCACCCAGACCCUUCGAAUCAGAAAACCGGUACACACACCGUAUUUUGGAUAUGUAUGUAUUGUAUGUAUACACUGUAACGCUGAAUCCACGUUUGGACAGAACUGUUGGUGAACUGAUCGUGUUAGGUGCAGUUGUUCAUGCUGGGGGUUGUCUGCGAAUUGUUCGACAAACGAGCGGUUUGUGGCAAGUCGCCAAGAGUAUUGACUUGUAUGAAGCAAUUCAAUUUUAACGGAAGUUGAGACGCACCUGUUUAUUACCGCUUUGCCGCGAAUGAAACACUGUUGUUUGGCUCACGAGCAACGCGAAUUUCUGUUUUUUUUUUUUUCUUUUUUCUUUUUAAUAUUGAUAUUGUAACAGUUUCCAUGAAGAGA